AUGGGUCCCCGCCUCCUCAAAACGCUGUCAAUGCUUCUGCGUGUAUUGCAGCUCAUCUUAGCCCUCUUCAUCGUCGGCGUCGCUAGCUUCAACGUCUACCAGUUCUCACACAACCGUCUUGGCCUCACCAACGGCCGCUCUGGCCAGCUUCCACACGCCCUAUAUGCCGUUGAAGUCAUUUCCUGCGUUGGCGCCCUCUUCGCCCUCUUCACACUCCUCACCACCUGCUUCGGUCACAAAAAACUCUUCGUCCUCAUCACCGCCUUCGACCUCUUGCUCAUGGGCGGCUUCAUCGCAAUAAGUAUCCUUCUUCGCGGCUCCGCCCACCAGUCUUGUCGAUCCGUUACCUGGAAUCCGCUUGUAUCAAAGGGGACUAACAACCUCCCUGCCGCUUUCUUCAGCUCCUCUUCCUUCUCGACCUCCACAACAACAACAGGUAGGACGAGGGCACCACCCCGCCUCAUCUGUAACCUAUUAAAAGCCUCAUUCGCCUUCGCAAUUGCUCUGGCCGUUCUCUUUGCACUGACAAUGGUGCUAUCGUACUUGGCGCUUCGUGCAUACCAAAAGCAGCGCGCGUUCGGGCCAAGGGGUGGGUAUGGCAAGGGUGCCAGGGAGAGUGAGGAAACGGCAAUGACGGGGACGACGGCGGGAUAUGAUGCUCCGGGGUUUAGGGGGGAGCCAACAGCCGGGUAUGAUGCGCCGGGAUUUAGGGGGGAACCAACGACGGUUGCAGGCGGUAGGGCGCCGGUUGCAGGUGGUAGGGCGCCGGUUAGUGAGUUGGGCCCAGGGAUGGGAGCGGGCACUGGCGUAGGGAAUGGGAGGUUUGAUCCAAAUUUGCCCAGAGCGGUGGCGGGGAGAGAGGGUAUGGCGAGAGGGGGUAUGGGAACCAGAACUUUUAGGGAGUGA